UGAACCAUCAGAACCCACAGCGACAAUAAUCUUACUGGCUAAUUAGACUACUGCUGUUGACUUGACCAUGGACUAUAAACUCUUUCAGUUAUCAUCGCAAGAAUAAGUCACCAUGUGGCACAAGAAUAACUUUAACGGCCUUAAAGGUUUGAUCCUGCACUAAAAGUGCAAGUCCCAGCCAUUUCAAUGCUAGUCAUACUAGUUUGCGUGUCUAAAUAUUUUUUUAAAUAUGUUGAUAUGUUUUAACUAUGAGGUACAAAAAAGUAAACCAGUUUUGUUUGUUGUCCCUUGCCAUGCAACUCCUAAAAAUAAAUAAAAACAUAACAGAGUUACAACGAUAUUGACACCCAAAUAGAACAAUUACACAAGCCAGAGAGAGGGAGGCCAACAGACAAGACAGGAAAGGAGGCAGACCAGCAGACAGGCAAACAGUCAUGGCGAGUGGGUUGCAGGUGGCGGGGGGGGGGUGAUGUAGGGGUGUGGCCAACCCUCACCUGUGUUAAAGGUGCAUGCUGAUAACGUGGAUAUUCACAGGGAGGAGCUAUUGGUGCUGGCUGGAGGAGUAAAAUAAUAUAAACGAGCAGCAAACAAACCGGUACAUCCAUAUAUCAACAAUUUCACAGGUGAAGGAAAGUGACCACCGCCCUCUGCUCUGAUAGAGACCGCUCCGCGCGUAGGAUACGCCGUCAGGUGACUCCAAUACUCAGCCAGAUCAACUGCCAAGAAUGUUGGCUAGACUAGAGAUGAUGGCCUAUGUGGCUGAGACGGGGAUGGCUGGGACUGCUCGGGCUGCCUGGGCAGAGGGAGGCCCGGCCUCGUCCUCUGCAGAGGUGGACCUGGAGGUCAUCGAAGAGUACCUGCAGGAGCACUCGCUGGAGGUCCAACCGGCGUACACGCUCGACACCCUGGCCAGCGCCGCGCCGCAGCCCGCCCCACCACACUCCCAGCCGGACCCCCACAUCAUAGAGAACCGAUGGUCGGGCCAACAUGCAUAUGAGUGGUACUGCGGGUCUCAUACUCCCAAUGAAGAAUAUGAGGACAACGUACCACAUACUACCUGGCACAGUCCCCAUGGCAACUGGGACCACCAUGGCUACUCCUACGAUGUGAACAGAUGCAGUGAUUCUGAAUCCCAGUCAAGCGAUUCUCAUUACCAGGACUACCCCUACUCUGUCUCUCUGACCAAUGAGAAGAAGGGAAAGAAUACAUGUGAUCCACUGCCUCUCGUUCCACUCUCAGGGAAGAGAAAGGAGCGGCUGUUCCAGUUCCUGUUUGAGAUGCUCCAGACGCCGUCCAUGCAGAGCUGCAUCUGGUGGGUGCAGUCCUCGGCGGGUACCUUCCAGUUCUCCUCGCAGAACAAGGAGCGGCUGGCACAGCUCUGGGGCCGGCGCAAGGGGAAUCGCAAGACCAUGACCUACCAGAAGAUGGCGCGGGCGCUGAGGAACUACUCCCGCACCGGGGAGAUCCACAAGGUGAAGAGGAAGCUCACGUACCAGUUCAACGAGGGAACGCUGAAGGGCCUGCGGGGGAACUCGCACGCCGCGUAGGAGGAAGGGCGGGAAGAACUCUGGGGGAGAAGAAGAACGUGUUUUAGGGCGGGAAAUGAACCAUGAGGAAUGAGAGUAGGAGAAACAAGACAAAAAGGAGCCCACAAUUAAUUCCCGUGGUUACACUAGGAAUGGUUAUUUAUUUCUUACAACCCACGGUUUCCACUGACCUACCUUUUCAAACACAAAUAAAUACUGAGUAUUUGAAAAAAAGGAAAAAGCCAGAUGCGACUCUGAAAUCGCAGUAGAAAACAGGUCUUUCUUGGCACUGAAGGGAGCACAAAAAUCUGCUUAAAUGUUUAAAUAGAGACCUGGAAAAAUUAAAAAAUAUCAUUGAUUUAUGAGAAAUCUGCUUUGGAUAGGCUAGCCUGGCUAUGAGUCGCCUGGCUUUAAAAGUUAAGUAAAUCGAAAACGGUUGUGACAAAAAAAACAUCUACUUUAUAAGUAGAGCAAUUUAGUUAGAAAAGUGCUAUUUCUACACAUUCACAAAGGCUUCUCUUGUGAACAUGAUUCUGCAAAUAGUGACAAUAGUGUGUUCGUUUGUGUGAAAAACUUUUUUAAGAUUUAAUAAAUCUAAGAAUAAGGUGUAUAAUAUAAUGGAGUGUGUGUUAUUGUUGUUAUAUUCCCUUAGACAUUGUAGGGGCAGAUACUGCACAAAUAAGCAUAUUGCAAACACAAGGUGAGACGCAGAUCCGCACCCCAUUCAAGCCCAUAACUGUAUGCAAAGUAAGCAUGCAUCAACAACGGCC